CCCCCAGAGAUUGGGAGGCCCUUGUGCAAGAGGCGAAGGAAGCCCUCGAGGGCUUUACAGUGGUCUUGGGGGACCCGUGCAUUGAAGGAGGAUGGUGGGAAAACCACUACACAUGGGGAGCCUGGUGGUGGAUUCUAAUUCUGCGGUUGAGUCUCCUCACGUGACCCCAGUCAGGUCCUGACCCUCCUGGGCCAGGAGUCUGAGGGAAUGAGCUCCCCCUGUAGGUCCGGUCCUUGGUCCAGACUCCAGCCUUGCCUCUUCUCCCAGCCUCCUCCGGGAAGCCUUCCCUGAUGCUGCUCCGCACUCUCUCCCCUCACCAAAGUGCCCUGUUUAUCUGGAAGUCAGCGUCCGAUUCCGAGGAGAAGGGGCUGUUUCCUGCGGGUCCCCCCACCGAGUGGAGAAGGGGGGGUGUCCAGCCUGAUCUCGGGUUUGCUCCCCAGGACCUGUGCCCCGUGGGAGGGAGCAAGAGGAGAAGGGGAUGUCUCCGGUGCUGCCGUCCCGGCCCGGACAGGAAUCAGUGACAUUCCAGGAUGUGGCUGUGGAAUUUACCCGGGAGGAGUGGGCAUAUUUGAACCCAUCUCAGAAAAAGUUGUACAGGGACGUGAUGCUGGAGAACUAUAGGAACCUGGUCUCUUUGGGAUUUGAAGUUUCCAAACCAGAUGUGAUCUACAAGUUGGAAAGAAAGGAAGCAUCCUCGAUUCCAGAGCCAGAUAUUCCAAAAAGCAACUUUCCAGAGGGUAAAGAAUUUACUGGAGAGAAACUUCAUGAAUGUAGUGAAUGUGGGAAAGCCUUUAGGACUAAGCUACAACUUACUGUACAUCAGAGAAUUCAUGCUGGAAAAAUCCCUCAUGAAAGCAAUGAGUAUGGGAAGGCCUUCCAUGGCAACUCUGGUCUUAUUCAAAAUCAAAGAACUCAUACUGUAGAGAAACCAUAUAAAUGUAGUGAAUGUGGAAAGGCCUUCCGGAGAAAGCCACAACUUGCUGUACAUCAGAGAAUUCAUACUGGAGAAAAACCUUAUGAAUGUAGUGAAUGUGGAAAGGCUUUCAGGAUGAAGGAAUAUCUUACUAUCCAUCAAAGACUUCAUUCUGGAGAGAUUCUUUAUGAAUGUAAGGAGUGUGGGAAGGCUUUCUUCUACAACUCAGUACUAAUUCGACAUCAAAGAAUUCACACUAAAGAGAAACCAUAUGAAUGUGGUGAAUGUGGGAAGGCCUACAAGAGGAAAGCACAACUUACUGUGCAUCAGGGUAUUCAUACUGGAGAGAAACCUUAUGAAUGUAGUGACUGUGGGAAGGCCUUCAGGAUGAAGGCAUAUCUUACUGAACAUCAGAGAAUUCAUACUGGAGAGAAACCUUAUGAAUGUAGUGAAUGUGGGAACACCUUCAGACUGAGGACACAACUUACUAUGCAUCAGAGAAUUCAUACUGGAGAGAUUCCUCAUGAAUGUAAGGAGUGUGGGAAGGCCUUCCAUCGCAACUCAGAUGUUAUUAAACAUCAAAGAAUUCAUACUGGAGAGAAACCUUAUGAAUGUAGUGAAUGUGGGAAGGCCUUCAGAAUGAAGGCAAAGCUUACUGAGCAUCAGAGAAUUCAUACUGGAGAGAAACCUUAUGAAUGUAGUGAAUGUGGAAAGGCCUUUAGACAGAGGACACAACUUUAUGUGCAUCAGAGAAUUCAUCCUGGAGAGAUUCCUCAUAAAUGUAAGGAGUGUGGGAAGGCCUUCUAUCGCAACUCAGAUCUUGUUAAACAUCAAAUAAUUCAUACUGGAGAGAAACCUUAUGAAUGUAGUGAAUGUGGAAAGGCCUUUAAAAGGAAGGGACAUCUUACUGUACAUCAAAGAAUUCAUACAGGAGAGAGACCUUAUAAAUGUUAUGAAUGUGGGAAGACCUUCAAACAGAGGACACAACUUGGUCAACAUCAGAGCAUUCAUACUGGAGAGAGACCUUAUGAAUGUAGUGAAUGUGAGAAAACCUUCAAACUGAGGAUAUAUCUUGCUCAGCACCAAAGAAUUCAUUCUGGAGAAAAAUGCCCAUGUCCCCCAUCGUCCAGGCCAGAUGACCUGCAUCCUCCAAGCCCAGCCAGACAGUCCCCAGAGCAGAGAAAACAGAAGCCCAGAAGGGAUGGAGAGGCUCUGCCUUGCGGUCCUGGUCACUUCUCCUGCCACCGACCCCCAAACAGGGCCGGCGCCCCCUUGACGUCUCCUGGCUGCCCUGUGCCCACUCGUGUCCUGCUCCUCCGGCUCGCCCAGCCUCCAUCUCCUCCACGUGUCUCUGGCAGCCCCGGGGAGGGGAGCGAGCACCACAGACAUCUCCCUGACACCUGCGGGUUUUCUUCCUGGGACCCAGCGCUUCCCUUGGCGACCUUCUCCUGGUGUCCUGUUUGUCCCGAAGUCAGCGGCCCCUCCCGAGGAGAAGGGGCCAUUUCCUUUGGGUCCUCUCCCCCCAGCACUCCCCACCCCCCCAGUGGAGAAGCGGGGGAUGUCCAGCCUGACCCCCGCGCUCACGCCCUCCUUUGCUACCCAGGACCUGUGCCCCGUGGGAGGGAGCCCGAGGAGGAGGGGAUGGCUCAGGUGCUGCCGGCUCGGGCUGGACAGGAAUCAGUGACAUUCCAGGAUGUGGCUGUGGAAUUCACCCAGGAGGAGUGGGCACAUUUGAACCCAUCUCAGAAAAAGUUGUACAGGGACGUGAUGCUGGAGAACUAUAGGAACCUGGUCUCUUUGGGAUUUGCACUUUCCAAACCAGAUGUGAUCUACCAGUUGGAAAGAAAGGAAGCCUCUUGGUUGCCAGAGCCAAAUAUUCUAAGAAGCAUCUGUCCAGGAAGCAAAGAAUUUACUGGAGAGAAAUCUUAUGAAUGUAGUGAAUGUGGGAAGGCCUUCAGGAAUAAGACACAGCUUACUGUGCAUCAGCGUAUUCAUACUGGAAAGAUUCUUUAUGAGUGUAAGGAGUGUGGGAAAGCUUUCUCCCGGAACUCCGAUCUUAUUAAACAUCAGAGAAUUCAUACUGGAGAGAAACCUUAUGAAUGUAGUGAAUGUGGGAAGGCCUUCAGGAGGAAGUCACAACUCACUGUGCAUCAGAGAAUUCAUACUGGAGAGAAACCUUAUGAAUGUAAUGAAUGUGGGAAUGCAUUUAGGAGAAAGGAAUAUCUUACUGUGCACCAGAGAAUUCAUACUGGAGAGAUUCUUUAUAAAUGUAAGGAGUGUGGGAAGGUUUGCCAUUACAACUCAGAUCUUAUUGUACAUCAAAGAAUUCACACUGGAGAGAGACCUUAUGAAUGUAAGGAAUGUGGGAAGACCUUCAAACAGAAGAUACAUCUUACUCAACACCAGAGCAUUCAUACUAGAGAGAGACCUUUUAAAUGUAGUGAAUGUGAGCAGACCUUCAAACUGAAGACACAUCUUGCUCGGCAUCAAAUAAUUCAUUCUGGAGAGAAACCUUAACAGUGUAGUAAUAAUGCAUAUGGGAAGGCCUUUAGAGAGAGGAUACUACUUUAUAUCCAUCGCAGAAUUCAUACCGGAGAGAUUCCACAUGAAUCUAAGGAGUGUGGGAAGGCCUGACAUCUGUCAAGGGUGAAAUUUAAGAAGGUAAAGUGAAGCAAUUCCCCAAGCUAGAUAAUAUUUGUUAACAGGGCCAUGCUUCCUGUCAAUAAAUCAGUCGAUAGUUUGCCUCCCUUUGUGCCAAAGAGCAGAAGCAAAAAGAUAGUUCCCUUCUUAAAGGUUUUGAGGAGUACAGAAGAGGGUAGAUGACAUCAUGGGAUUAAGAAUACUUUGGUAAUGGGGGCUAGCAAUGACCUUCCUCCUCUCCUGAGUUUCAGGAGGGUAUAUUACUUGAGUCCAUGUGCAAGGUAGUGGCACAGACACAGGACAGCGAACCAGACAUCCUUGAAGGUUAGCUGGAUGGUGUCAAGACACUAUCUGACUCUUGUGUGUUCACACCCUUUCCCAAAGGUGAGUUAACUCCUUCAGGCAAGAAAAGAUCAGCAGGAGAGCUGCAUUUCUAAACUUAGCUCAUUACAGGCCAGCUGGAUUCUGAACUAAGUUCAGAGACAGAGAACCAUGACUUAAGCACUUACAGGAUGAAAGCAAUAUACUGCAAAUAGGAUCAAUAAAAAAAAUGAGACAGGAUCAAGUCAAUCUUCUCAAUUCCGUCUUUGAUCAAUGAGAGAUAGCUAUCUCUCAUAGUUCACUUAUCUAUAAGUUAAUCCUAUAAGGUUUUUUUUUGGGGGGGGGCAGGGCAAUGAGGGUUAAGUGACUUGCCCAGGGUCACACAGUUAGUAAGUGUCAAAUGUCUGAGGUCUGAUUUGAACUCAGGUCUUCCUGAAUCCAGGGCCAGUUGUUUAUCCACUGCACCACCUAGCUGCCCCAAUCCUAUAAGAUUUUUAAGUCAUUAACAGUAGGACAUACCAACACAAAUGUUUCCAUUGGAUUUCAGAACAGGUUUUAACACAGUAACUUAUCAAAGUUGAAAAAGAAUAACAAUACUGAUUAAUCAUAAUACAAGCCAGUGUAAGAAUACCUAAAACCACUGAAUUUAGAAGGGAGAUUUUCAUGUCUCAAGGCAGCUAAGAAAACUCAGCAAACAUACUGUGUAAGAAAAGCCAAAGUAAUGUAGUAAUGAUCCACAACUUUACUACUGAAUCUUGUA